AUUCAACUUGAAAUUUGACAGAAUGGCUGCCGACAAGCAGGAGAUGUUUGUGCCCGAGUGGAACGGAUGGAAGGAGGUGUUCCUCUGCGGAACCGAGUGGUCCAACUUUGAUCUUGUGUACAAGACCGAGUGGAUGUGGGAUUUUGACCAUCUGUACGAGGACCUUGUGGCCGACGACGGGGCGCUGGCCAAGGCCAAGAAGGUGUACAUCUUUGGCACGACCGAGCCGCAGCUUGUGGAUGUGGGCGAUGUCACCUCGCAUGUGGUCCCGAUCCCGACGCUUGUGGCUGUGGCCGGUGACGCGGAUCUCCCGUCGACGCUCGGCAUCAAGUCGGUGCAGAUGGCUGAGGAGACCAUUGUGCCAAUGAAACAGCAGGGCAUGGAGUGGGUCCCUAUGCGCUCGCUGGUGGCCUCCGACUCGGACUGGGCUGACCACGAGGUGUACGUCCUCACGUGCAAGACUCGCCGGUCCAAGGUCAAGAACAUGGCCGAGGUCGACGCUCGCCGCUACGAGUACUGCCUCCCGUACAUCUUUGUGCCGCGCCUCAACCAGCUGGUCAAGGGCGACUACGACUCGAACGUCUCCAUCAUGCAUCCGAUGUCGUUCAAGACCAAGGGCAAGAAGGGCAAGAAGGGCAAGACCGACUCGAUCCGUGCCGUCUUCGACUACGACUGGCGCUACGACGGCGACCUCGACGAGUUUGUCGUUCAGUACCUCAAGGACGCCGGCCAUCCCGAGCAUCUUGCCGGCGACCUCGCAGACCAUGUCCGCGAGCGCGUCGCCGCCGCCAAGGACACCAUUCGCGCUGAGCGCCAGGCCAUCAAGAACAAGCUCGACGCCUUUUCACCCGAGGAGACUAAGGCUCUUGACGAACUCGUCUUCCACAAGUACUACCCGCAGAACGCCUUCCCCAACAUCUCCAAGGUCAAGUCGCCGUACAUCAACCGGUACUUUGGCCGUGCCAACGAGGUCCACUAGCUCCCAGGCCACGUUUUAAACCCCAGCUGUGCGCUUG